AUGUUUGACCAGAUGUCUCCCAGACCAUUGAUGCUGAUGGAAAAAUGAAAUUUCGUGUAGGCUCUCAGACAUUUACUGAGGAGCCACUUGGGUUGCCGGCUCAGGAUGGUUUUGGCUGGCCACAGCUUGAGUUUAAUGAAGCAAUUGGCCCCAACAACCGCUACAUCAUUUGCAGAAAACUAGGGUGGGGCACAACUUCAAGUGUUUGGCUUGCCCAUGACACAGUAAACAAUUCAUAUGUUGCUAUCAAGAUACUUAUUGGCAGACUAACCAAUCUGUUUCAACAAAACCACCUUCCAGAGUGGAUGAUUCUCAAGCAGGUUUCAUCCCUGCCAAACCCACACUGUCUUCAACUCCUAUCUGACUUUGUAAUCCCUGGAAAAGGCAGUGCAGGGGAACAUCUCUGCUUUGUUACCCAGGUCCUAGGUGGAGAUGUAAGCAAAUUGGAUGAAACUUGUGGCCCAAUCUUCCCUCUUCCCCUUGCUAAACACAUUCUUCUACACAUCCUCCAUGGAAUUGCCCAUGCACACAGCUGUGGCAUAGUCCACACUGAUCUACACCUCUCCAACAUCUUCUUCAAUGCUUGCAUGUCUACUGCUGACUUGGACAAGUUACUCAAGUCCAAUCCAUCUUCUGCAGUGUCACAGCCACUUCCAGUACCUACUCUAGAGGAGGCCAUGCAGAGGACAUUCAUACUUGCAGACUUUGGCACCCAGCCUAUUGCCAACCACAUCACUGAUGAGAUCACUGUACCUGAUCUUUGUUCACCUGAAGUAGAUAUAUGGACAUUUGGAUGUCUGUUAGAGCCACUACCAGAACUUAACCUUGAUCCAACAACUUCUCAGCUAUGUCAGAUGAUGAUUUACACAGAGGAAGACUUCAGCCCAGAGCAACUUAAUGCUGGUCAACGAUCUGCCCAGUUCUUUAAAGCAGACUGUAACCUUAUAGCAGAGGUACCAAUCCCAGUUUUUCCAAUUGAGAGGGCCAUUAGAUGUUACCAUGUCAUAGGGAAGGAAGAAGUGGUACCCAUGGCUACACUGAUGUGGAGGUGCUUGCAUCUGGAUCCUGCCAACAGGGCUAGUGCUGCUGAACUGCUCAGUGAUCCAUGGUUCAAAGAUGUUGACCCUAUCUAG